AUGGAGUUUGGGCCGGGACGUACCAUGGACAGGUUUCUUAGUUUUAUGGGGGCCCGUUUAACGUCCCUCAUAAGCCGGGUCUCCGAGCGUCAGUUCAAGAAAGGACCUAACGCUCUUGUGGGCAUGAUGAUAAACAGAAUAGAGUGGAAGAACCAUCAGUGUGCUAUCGUAGAUUGCACUGGUCAUCCGAGGUGCAAGAGGCUUGGGGAAAAUGCUGGUUUACGCAAGUUUCCUCCGUCAUUCGAGGAUGUAGUGGAGCUUUUAUUUGCCCCUUACUGUCGCAUCUGCCGCGACUCCUUUGCAGUAUCUCUUUCUCAGAAUGCGGUCUUCUCUCGCGGAUGCGGAAAGUUGGUGGCACAGCUUCGGAAUGCGAGCCCUUCAGCUCGACUCCUCGCCGCAUACUACGUCUGCGCCCUAGCGUCGUUUCACCCUUCUAUCCGCCAGAUUUUUGUCAAUCUCCGCGCUCCGGAAGUGCUCCGUAAUCUGGUCAAUGAAUCUGAGAUUUUAUCGAGUGCGCUACCAGCGGAAUCCUCACGCCGCGCUCUGGCUAGCGUCUCUGAAAGUGCACUUCUUCCGGCUAUCAAAGACUUCGAUGCACUUGAGCACAAACUGAGUGAAUACUAUCGCCAGAAGUUGACUGAUAAAGAAAUGAUUGUCCUACUGCCGUACACGGUUACCUCAUUGUCGCGUCUUACUCGAGGGCUCAUGGAACCGCAGCUGCAAGUACUCGCUGCUUCUAGACUUUCGUCUUCUAUAGUCUGGCAGGAAUUAGCUUUCACUUCUAUUAUUCCGGGCUUGAGGGCCGCAGUCAACAGCGGCAUCGUACAGUAUCUUUGGCACCUGAUUGCAUCGACCUCUGACCCAAUCGUCUUUGGAGUUGUUGGAUGCAUGAUACAAAGUCUCUAUGAAUUCGCGUCCCUAUCUUGCGCGAACCAAUGGAACAUCCUGGAGCAACGUUAUGUUCCCUCCUUCUCGUGGGCUUGGCACACACUUUGGAUCCCUCUCUUUCGUUUGAGAUUAUAUUACCCGCUCCUACUACGCAGGAUUGCCGUUAGAUGGCCUCUUGUCGCCCUAAUUAUAAGUGUCCAGGCUCGUUCCAGUAUCAGGGCCCUCAGACAAUUGGUGACACAGGCUCUCGCAAUGGCCCCUCGUAAUGCUCGAUACACGACGGAGGAUCCCGUGCUGCAUCUGAUGCUCACCGUGACGGAUCCACUAUACGAAAUAGCAGGACUCCUUCAAGAGGAACGUUUAGUAGCCAUGGAAUAUGAUGGCUACGACAUUCCGCGCCACAUCCCUUAUCAACGUUUAUGCUUCGGAUGCCCUCGGUCGUCGUGUCCUAAAGCUAACCUCUGCGCCAGUAACCAGACUAUGGACGAGCUGCGAGCACUACUGGAGCCAUACAAAGCGUCGGUACAGCCGUUCCAGAGAAGACGAGCAGACAUUCUCAUCGAGGCCUUGGAUGUAGUGGAGAAAGCAUCGGAGAGCAAUUUGCAUUGCACUGGAAUCACUGCAUGCCUGGUGCAUUCCGAGGACUCUGACGCAUUCAGUGUGUUCUCAGAUCACUACAAAGGUCCUUGGCCCCCUGAACGAAGUCAUGACCCUGAUCGUCCAUUUGCAACGCUAAUUGUGGAGGAGACGUAUCGCGACCUCCGAUGGAUAUCAAUUCCUGACCUACGAUUAGACGGCAUUAUGUAUCGACCCAUUCCUGCCCCAAUGGGCGAGGGAAAUCAAUAUAUCGCACGCACACGCAAUAUGCCCUUGGAUGAAGGGAAGUACAUCCUCGUUGAUGCGCACACCGUACAGUCCAGUGGAGCGCCAGAGUUGGCAACACCAACGGGAUAUUUUGGAUGA